UAAAAGUUGUUUUAGCAGCCAUAAACAGGGAAGAAGAGGUGAUUCUUAUGUCACUGCUGGUAACAUUGGGAGUUUAAUACACGCUAUUCCGGAAUUAUGAGCGUGCUUUUUACGAAGGUGUUUCAAGCUGUGGGACAUGGACUGAAAUUGACAAGAUCAAUCCACAGCAGUCCUGCAUGGAGAAAUCCUCUAAUACCUAUAGUUAUAGAGCAAACGGGCAGAGGAGAACGAGCUUAUGACAUCUACUCUCGCCUACUAAGAGAAAGAAUAAUUUGUGUAAUGGGUCCUAUUGAUGAUUCUGUGGCCAGUCUGGUUAUUGCCCAACUGCUUUUUCUUCAGUCUGAAAGCAACAACAAACCAAUCCACAUGUACAUCAACAGCCCUGGUGGUGUGGUAACAGCAGGCCUGGCUAUAUAUGACACCAUGCAAUAUAUCCUCAAUCCCAUCUCCACUUGGUGUGUUGGUCAAGCAGCUAGUAUGGGUAGUUUGCUGCUGGCAGCGGGGACAACGGGUAUGAGACAUUCAUUACCCAAUGCCCGUAUCAUGGUCCACCAGCCAUCUGGAGGUGCCAGGGGUCAGGCCACUGACAUCGCCAUCCAAGCGGAGGAGAUCAUGAAACUGAAGAAACAAAUCAACAAUCUCUAUACCAAACACACUGGGCAACUGCUGGAAACCAUAGAGAAUGUCAUGGAGAGAGACCGCUACAUGAGCCCCAUGGAGGCCCAGGACUUUGGUCUUAUCGACAUGGUCCUGGUCCACCCACCUCAAGCCGGGAAAGAUGAGCCCGAGCUGGUUCAAAAAGAGUCUGGAACAGCAGCUAGUCGCUCUACAAGCCUGGAGUCUGCAACACUUGACAAUGCCUCAAGUGGGACACCCCACCCCAGCCCUCACGCAAACUUGAAGCAGAACUGAUCAGAGCAAACUUGUCUAAAUUCUGUAUACUCUUUGUGCUUAUUAAAAAAAUAUUAAUAUUCUA